AUGACAAACGAGUCAGUUAAACCCAGCAGCCACUCCUCAACCGAUCACGGAGGCAGCAGGAACGACAAGCAACUGGACAAAGAAAUCGGAGACAUGGUCUCCGCCAUCACCAACCGAGUCACGGACAUCCACAAGUCUGGCUCCAUCCACCACGAGGACGAGGACGAAGAUGGCGUCAGGAUCAUCACCCUUGCAGGAUCCAACACCGGAGCUACAUUGAGGGGUGAGCUAGAUCAUGAGAACGUUAACAAACUUGCAGGGCUUCAUGGUGGCGGUCCGGCUUUGGAAGAGGCUGAUGGGCUGAGCACUUAUGUGAACAGCAACUUCCAGGCCGUGAACAACUCCCUCAUGAUGGGCGGCAACUACACCACGAAUGACCCCGGCGUUCGCAUGGACAUCACAGAUGUUGUGGAGCCGCACGGCGGGCAUUGUGGGAAGCCGGAGAAGCGGGGAGUGGCUUAA